UCAUUCGUUUAAUAGCCAUUGACAAGAUCAGACUUCAGAGUCAUAUAAUCUUCCGCACACGAAACACACAACCCAUUUGUAUUUUCUACUGUCCGAUCCUCUGGCGCUGCGCUAAAAAAAGACAAUAAUUGUGCGUUUACAUUUUUUGAAAACAAUACAACUUGGUGAUUAAGAGUGUGGCUGCGGCAGCGGCAGUGGCAGUGGUUAUUAAAAAUCGAUCUCGUCAUACGAAAAUUCCCAUGUUAGGGUUUUUUUUUCUUUCCAAUAAUCUGAAUAAACUCGACUUGCUUUUUGAUCGCACAUAAUAAGCCCGUACAAGUUAUUGGCAUUGAUCAGUGUGAGUCUUUUGUUGAAUGUUGAUAGUCGAUUAAAGUUGGUUGCCAAAAUGUUAAUGUGGUUCUAUGUUUUAACAACGACGACGGUGCUCUGCUGCAGUUCUGUCUCUGCUCAAGAUCUCCCCCCGAAUAUCGCCGGAGUGAUUGCGGAUAUUUUCAAUUCAAACGCAACAACAACACAACGACCGGUUGCUACUCGACGGCCGGGAUUCGGCGACAUUGUGACGUCUGAGCCGAUUACUGCAACUUCGCAACCUCAAAUUCUGAAGACUGACGAUGGAGUGAAGUGCACUUGCGUGCCGUACUAUCUCUGUCGGCCGGGAGAUAACACUCUGCGAGAUGAUGGAGAAGUUGACGGUUUUGGAAAAAUUGACAUACGCUUCGACCCCUAUAGCUGUCAGCAUUAUUUGGACAUUUGUUGCAUAGAUAAUCGGACAGUGUCAGAACCAAUUAAAACAACACCGGUUGUUAAUCGGCCAAACCAGCCCACCGGAUGUGGUAUUCGUAAUGCAAAUGUUGACUUUGAGAUAACCGGAAACAACGAUAACGAAGCUAAUUUUGGCGAACUUCCAUGGACUGUUGCUCUUUUGAGUACCGACAAUGAAGAGUACUUCUGUGCAGGCUCCUUAAUACAUCCCCAAGUGGUGCUGACCGCUGCGCAUUGUGUAAGGAAAUACGGACCGAAUCAGUUUAAGGCCCGUGCCGGUGAAUGGGAUUCCCAAACAACGAGGGAGCGUUUGCCGUUCCAGGAGCUCAAUGCCCAACAAAUAAUAAUGCAUCCAGGUUUCAAUCCCCAAAAUGUAGCCAAUGACUUCGCCCUGGUGGUGAUGAGUCAGCCAUUUGUUCUAGCAGAUCAUAUCAACGUUGUUUGCCUGCCAGCACCGAAUGUGGUACCUGCCGCGGGAGAGACGUGCCUCUCCAGCGGAUGGGGUCGUGAUAAAUUUGGGAGUGCUGGAAAGUACAGUGUGAUUAUGAAACGAGUUCCACUGCCAGUGGUAGAGUUCGGCCAAUGUCAGUCUGUGUUCCGGGCAUCACGACUUGGCAAAUACUUCGUACUCGAUCCUUCUUUCAUGUGUGCAGGUGGUCAACAAGGCGUGGACACUUGUACCGGUGACGGAGGUGGUCCGCUGGUAUGCUCAGCAGAUGCUUCUCAGAACAGAUAUUAUCAAAGUGGUAUUGUGGCAUGGGGCUUAGGCUGCAAUGACCCCAUUCCUGCAGCUUAUGCAAGUGUUGCACUGGCCCGAACUUGGAUUGAUGAGGAAAUGAAUAAGCUAGGAUAUGGAGUUUCUUCGUAUAGCUAUUAAGUGGAAAUGUAUGUGUGAUUAUGUUAAACAAAAAAAUUAAUUGAAACAGA